GAAAGGCAUGCUGGGAAACGCGAGCGGUGAAGAGCAGAUGAAGAUGCAGAUCUCCAGCUGUUCUCUCAGUCCAGCUGUGAAGAGCCGACUGACAGCAGCUGGGUUCCACUUCCUGUCUGAGCUGCGGGGGCUAAGCCCCUCCCACAUCUGUGCAGAGGCCGGAGUCUCCCAGCAGGAGGCGCUGCAGGUGCUGCAGGCAGUGAGGGGAGGAGCUUCAAUGAGGGGAGGCGCUUCAGGGGGAGGUGCUUCAGGGGGAGGAGCAGUGGGAGGAGGAGCUUCAGUGGGAGGAGCUUCAGUGGGACCUCCCCCCUCCCUCACUGCGCUGCAGCUGCUUCAGGAGGAACAGUCACAGCGCAGCAUCUUCAGCUUCUGCUCACAGCUGGACGCCACGCUGGGGGGGGGACUUCCUGUCGGGAAGACCACCGAGAUCUGUGGAGCGCCGGGAACCGGGAAGACACAACUGUGUCUGCAGCUGGUGGUGGACGUGCAGGUUCCCGUGUGUUUCGGGGGUCUCGAAGGCCAGGUGGUUGUCGUGGAUACGGAGGGCAGCUUCCUGUUGCAGCGGGUCCAGGAUAUUGCCGGCGCCGUGGUGAAACACUGCUCCUUAUUGGUGGAAGACGACGAACAGCGGGUUGCUAUGACGACCUUCAGCGUGGAAACCAUCCUUUCUAACAUCUUCCUGGUGCGUUGCCAUGACUACGUGGAGCUGCUGGCCGAGCUGCACCUGCUGCCGGACUUCCUGUCGGAGCACCCGAGGGCCCGCCUCCUGGUGAUUGACAGCGUGGCGUUCCCGUUCCGGCUGCACUUUGACGAGCUGUCGCAGAGGACCCGCCUCCUCAACGGCCUCGCCCAGCAGCUCAUCGCCAUGGCAACCAGCCACAACGUCGCCGUGGUGAUCACCAAUCAGAUGACAACCAGGCUGCGGGGCGGCCAAUCACAGCUCGUCCCCGCCCUCGGGGAGAGCUGGGGCCACGCCCCCACCAUCAGACUCCUCCUACAAUGGGCGGGGACUCAACGACUAGCCACCAUCUUUAAAUCCCCUGGUCACCCCGGAGCCACCGUCCAAUACCAGAUCACCUCCGACGGGUUCAGAGAUGCCGACCAAUCAGAGCAGCCGCCCAGCAAACGACCCCGAACACACACUGUCCAAUCAGCUGCCAGACAGAGAGACAGUAACCAAUCUUCUGCCGGACAGAGAGACAGUAACCAAUCAGCUGCCGGACAGAGAGACAGUAACCAAUCAGCUGCCGGACAGAGAGACAGUAACCAAUCAGCUGCCGGACAGAGAGACAGUAACCAAUCAGCUGCCGGACAGAGAGAGUGCAGCUGAUUCAUUGACACUUGAAACUAACUUCAACACGUUCAGUUCAUAUUAAAUAAAGGUGUUCAGAUGAAAUAAAGGUGUUCAUAUUAAAUAAAGGUGUUCAGAUAUGCACUGACAGAUUGAUGACCCUGCCCUGAACUGAAGGAGAUGCAGCAGUCUUGUAUUAGAAGUGGACAUCCACUAGGAACACUGAAAUGUGCCGGCUCAUAUCUCGACGAUGCCUCAGGGAGCUGAUACUCGGACUGUGCUAUGGAGGCCACCCUAUUGGUGUGAAAAUGGAGACAAUUGGACAAUGUCAAAUAUUUAGCGGUCUUGCAGGGCCUCCAUACUUGGUACAGGGACACGUGGGGCCUUUGGACCACACCCACACAGUUUGGGGGCCAUACGCACCUGUUGACCCUAUUAACACACUUAGGAGAUAUCCAUGUCCACUUCAAAUACAUAACUGCAGUGCCUUGUGUAUUUGAAGUGUACUGUACUCCUCAAAUACAUUAAUGCACAAAAUGAGGUCUGUGAAGUGUAUAAGUCAUACCCUCAUAAUGACGCUGAUGCUGGGUAAGCGAAUUGUGCCUCCUAUGUACAAGGUUAACAUUGAAAGUGACGAUGAUAUGUCCCAAUGCGUCUCAAUGUACAUGUUACUCCAGCUGCAUAUCAGUUUACUCCACUCAAAUGGCACAAAACUCGAGUUCCAUGGACAGACGUGUAAUACACUCAAAUUACAAUAGAUGGAGCUCUAGACUAAUUUAUAACAUUUUUAAAAAUGUUGUUAACACUCUGGGUGUGUGAGACGAGUGAACCAACACGUAAAACCUCUGGAAUUAAAACAGUUUAAUCGAGUUUGAGCACUAAUAUACCCAUGUUUUGAACACUUUAGCGGGGUAAACAUGUUA